AACGUGGACGUGGGGCGCUAGUGUACGGAGGAGAAUCGUCGGUCCGCCCAAAAAACGUGGCCUCUCUCACGCUUCUCCGUUAUUAGUAUAAAAUAUGUAAUACAAAAUAUAUUAAUAUGUCAAAUAACGUGCAUUUAACAUAUGUUGUAUAAAUAUUAACUUCAUCGGAAAUCUAUUUUUUCGUAGCCGAGGCCACGCGAGGCUCGUCUGCUACGCUCGCGCUGCCGCGCAUGUCCCAGGAUCCGUCCCACCAUCUCGCAAACACUCGCGAUGUGUACCGUACCCCGCGCAAGACGAGUGACAGCAGACAGGCUGGCACUGCUGGCAGCCAGACUAGCCAGAGGUUCUGAGUACCCCGGCCGUAACGACCUGUUACCGCGCGGACGCGCUGGGUGGGAGCGGAGCACAAGUGCAUUCUCUUUAUGCCUGGCGCGGCAGUGAGUCAUCGUGAAAGUGCGGGAUCGCUGUAGAGCGCGGGACGACGGCGUCAUGGAAGUCCUGGACCCGAGCGUCUCCAGGGACGAUCAGCCGUUGUGCAUCAACGACUCUCUGGAACGAGUUAACACGUUGCAGAUUCCAGCAGACACUAAAUCAUGUGUCAAAGCGCGUCACACCCUUGGUUUCUUGGGCUUUCUUGGCUUCGCCCUUGUAUACGCCAUGAGGGUCAAUUUAUCUGUAGCCAUUGUCUCCAUGGUUAAUCAGACUGCGAUACCUCAUACCGAGGAAAAUGACACUAGCGAUGUUUGUUCUAACACUAAACCGAUAAACGGGACUUUCGUACCGAGCGCGGGAGAAUUUGCCUGGAGUGAAAAGACUCAAGGUAUUAUAUUAGGCGCGUUCUUUCUUGGCUACGUAACUACAAAUGUCCCGGGUGGCAGGAUGGCUGAGAAAAUGGGCGGCAAGUUGAUCUAUGGUCUGGGGGUGUUUCUGACCGCUGUUCUGACCGUGAUAAGCCCUUUCGCCGCGUAUUGGGGUCUGGUACCAUUUCUGGUUGUACGAGUCGCAGAAGGAUUUACUGAGGGAGUAACGUUUCCUGCGAUGCACAGUAUGCUGGCACAUUGGGUGCCCCCGUUAGAGAGGAGUAAAUUUGCCGCUCUAGUCUACGCAGGUGCAAAUUUCGGAACUGUCGUCUCGUUACCAGUGAGCGGCUGGCUAUGUUCCUUAGAAUUGUGGGGCGGUUGGCCCCUUGCGUUUUAUCUGUUCGGCGGCCUCGGUCUCGUGUGGUAUGUGUUCUGGGUGAUAUUCAUUUACGAUACUCCUUCGCAACACUCGAGCAUCGAUCCUUCCGAGAAGGCGUAUAUCGAGGCUAGCGUCGAGAAGAAGGACGAGAACGAUGACCCGGGAGUACCUUGGCUGUCCGUCUUCACCUCUCUUCCUAUAUGGGCCAUCGCUAUCACGCAGUGCGGUCAGUCCUGGGCCUUCUACACUCUUCUGACCGAGCUGCCGACGUACAUGGACAAGAUUUUGCAUCUGAACGUACAGCAGAACGCAUUCCUCUCGGCGUUACCUUACCUGAGCGCUUGGCUGGUGGGCCUCGGUAUCUCGAGCUUCGCGGACGCGCUCCUCGCACGUCGUCUGAUCUCACCUCUCGCCUCGUUCAAACUGUGGAACACGGUCGCCUCGCUGGGGCCCAGUCUCAGCUUCGUCGGCGCUAUCUGGGCCGGAUGCGAUCGUAUGACGGUGAUGCUGAUGCUCGCCGGAUUGGGAUCUCUUCAGGGCGCGGUGUACGCCGGCAAUCAGAUGAAUCACAUCGCGCUGGCGCCACGUUACGCGGGUACUCUGUACGGAUUAACGAACGCCGCGGCGAACGCGUGUGGUUUCUUGGCGCCGUAUGUCAUUGGCAGUAUAGUAGAGGGACACGAAACCCUCGCACGCUGGCAUAUAGUUUUCUGGAUGGCAGCGGGAAUAAACAUGGCUACCAAUUGCUUCUACUUGAUGUUCGCGUCCGCCACUGAACAGCCGUGGAGCAAAGGUGGUAGUUGAUGACAAUGUCGCAUUAGAACUGC